UGGCUGAUCCUCCACCAGCUCAACCCACCUGACAGGUCUCUGCACCAUGCCGAGCCUACUGCAGCCACACUGCCUGCCUCUGGCUGUCUGCGCCCUGCUGUCCUGCUCCCUGCCUCGCCCGGCCCACACUUGGCCUCUGCCGGCCCAGGACGGGGCACCGGACGUGGGCAGGAAAGGUCUCGGAGACGCGGCCAGGCGUCUCCUCCUGGAGUCGGUGAAGGCAGGGAUCCUGAGCUCGCUGGGUACGGAGAGGGAGCUCCGGCCGGCGGUUAGAGCCUCCGAUCAGGAGCUGAGGAGAAUGUACGGGCUCUACAGGGAGACGCUGAGGCUUCUGAGGGGCAACACGAGUGAGCCGAUCAGGGAAGUCCAGGCUGUUAGGAAGAGACGGUUGACUGUGCUGUUCCCAGAAACAGUAGAACCAGUAAGAGUUAUUCCACCUGAGUCAGGCCAACGCAUACAGUGGUACAGAGCCGUUUUCAAUAAAGACCUCAACACCCUCACCGAUCUGACAUUGGUUCGAGCCAAGCUGAAGAUUUCCAAUUGGCGAUCGGAAGCCGGCCUGCCAAAGACCAGACAGGAGGUCCGUGUUAAGGUGCACAGAAAGGGGCUUCCCAACACCACGGUCUGGAUGACCAGCGCCACAUCCAACGCCACCGCAGAGCACCGACGCAGCCUGACGUUUGACCUCCGAGAUCAAGUGGAGAAAUGGUUGGGAAGAAUCAGCAAGGACCACGAGGACCAACACCGCCACCCGUUGGUGGUCGAGGUGGGGUUGGAGGCCGGCGAAGGCGAUGGCCCGAAAACGGCGCCGUCGGUCGCUUUGGAAAUAGGCCUGGUGGAGCCCAGAGGGGGAGCGAGCCGGCCCAAGAGGUCGAGGAGGCUGCCCCGCUCCAACAAGGAGGACGUCUGCAGCGAGCAGGGCUGGUGCUGCCGCAAGUCCCUCAGCGUGUCCUUCAAGGACAUCGGCUGGUCGGACUGGGUGGUGGCGCCGGAGGCCUACACCAUGCACUACUGCGACGGCUCCUGCCCCCACAACUACAAGCCGGCGGGCAUGCACACGCAGGUCAAGUCCCGGCUCAGCCAGCUGACUAAAGGAGCCCUGCAGGGGCCCUGCUGCGUCCCCGCCGCCUAUGAGCCGCUGGUCCUCAUGCACUACGACAGCAGGGGCCUGCUCACACUGACCCCCUUCCCCGACCUCAUCGUCACCACGUGCCACUGCGCCUGACGCCUCCCCGAGCCAUAACGUUGGGGGGGUUUUAUCACAGGCGUUGUACAUUUUGAAACAUACUGUACAAUACAAGAUGAUGAAACAAUGUUAUGCUUUCAAGCUAAAGUAGCAGGUCAUUGUUGACCCAUGCAGCCUGAAGAGAGGCUGAAGAACUGAAGAGAAGGUUUGCACAGAUAACUUCACAUUGGCAAAGUAGAAUCAAAAUGGUUCAAAAGUCUAAGUAAACCUUUUGUCGUUUAUGGACCUUUGAAUUUAAAUAACUGUUAUUUAUUGUAAGUUAUAUUUAACAUUUUUAAGUUAUGUCUGUGUUGUUAUGUUUUCUUUUUGUAUUACAG